AUGUCGCAAUCCGUGGCUCAGCCUCCCGCUACGGGACCAGGUGCUCUUGACGGCGGUGGAAUCCCAGUAGCCACUGGGGAGCAGAAGUCAGGUCAAAAGGUCGCUCCGAUCAAGAAACGCCAACGUGGUAGAAGGCGCCAGCACAAGAAUCAGGAUUCAGCAACAGUGGAAUUCGAGAGUUCAGUAGCAUCGAAUGCGCUACAAGCCCAUGAGGCAUUUGAUGACGGCGAUCCCCCUACAACGGCCGGGACUGCAGUAACCAAAGAAGACGAUGCUAUACGGCCGAAAGCACGAAAUGCGCGUCCUGCAAAACUCUACAACUGGCAGUAUGAUGGAUCCAUCCAUGUUCCUGGUGCACCCCCGAGAUGGAAUCCUCCACCACUGCCGACCACUCUUGCUCAGGACUCCGGGAGACACUUCGUCGAUCAGAACGCAUCUCGCGUACCCAAGUAUCCUUUCGAGCCAGCCUUUGCUGCCCUUGCUGUGAUGGGACCCGACGUCGUGCUAGAUCAAGUCGACAUCAUCGCCAACCGCAACAGUCUUCGCAAGCUACUCGAUUUUUCGGCUGGGAGGAAACUGGACAUUUUCUGCAUGGGCUUACACAUGGUCGGCAAUACGCUCGUUAUUAGCCGUAAAGAACGGAACGCUCAACAAAUGAUCCAUGGUGCACCGAACGCGGGCUACGGACAUAACUUCGAGAAGACCUUCACGAUGCCUGAUCAUGGAAUGGGGAACUCUAGCAGUCAUCACAGGGUCAUUCGGUACCAUAUCGGCCCUUUGAACUGCGUUGUCCGUUUUGAAGUCGAUGCGUAUUACGAUGACCCGGGUGUCGUCCUGGACUCGAAGUCUAAACAGCCUAGGGAUGAGCCCGUUAGCACCGUGAGCGCUGCUAUGGCACAACUUAAUAUUGCAGGCCUGCCACCAACUCAAACUAAACCUCGAAAGACUCCCGCCGAUAAGCCUACCGUAGUCGUUGAAAAGGGAACAUUCAUCGACCCGUCCAAGCUCGCGGAGAUCAAAGCCAAGAAGGCCGCACGUCUUACAGAAGCACUACCGCAGCUUUGGUUCGGCCGUACGCCCUACUUUAUGAACGGCAACCAUGACAAGGGUACGGUGCACUCGGUGAGUAUCAGUCAUGCUGAAAAGGAGUACCCCCGAUGGGAGGAAGCCAAUCAAGACAGGCUGCGCAAGAUGGUGAGUUUGCUGGCAGAAAUAAAGGAGGUCGUCGCAGGUACGAAGGAGCGCGCAGCCGUGCUAGUCUACGAUGAGAAAGGCGGGCCAUUGAAGGUAUAUGCAAUGAAGAAGAACGGCGGUGUUCUGCCAGCGGACCUCAUCUCAAGACACUGGAGUACUGCAUAG